AAAAGAGGCAGUGUCCUAUAAAUCUGCCAUCUCUGCUCCCACUGCUGCUCUGUCACCAGCUGUGGGACAGCCUGUUUGGAGGAGGAAGAUGCCGAUGGUGAAGAACCUGAGCAGGGCUGUCAGCCAGGUGCUGCUGCAGAGCUCCAGCUGUGGAUGUGGAAUUUCCAUCGUUCCCCUCCGGUGCAUCGGGAUCUCUCCCCGCCAGGUGGCCUCUGAUGCUGCUUUUCACUCCCUUACUUUCUCCGAGUCUGCUCAUCCUCGGGUGCUAAUCACAGGUGGUCUUGGCCAGCUUGGAGUGGGUCUUGCUAAGCUCCUGAGGAAACGUUUUGGGAAGAACAAUGUGAUCUUGUCUGACAUUAGGAAGCCUCCAGAUCAUGUUUUCUAUAGUGGUCCUUUUAUCUAUGCAGAUAUCUUGGACUACAAGAAUUUACGUGAGAUAGUGGUGAAUAAUCGGAUAACUUGGCUGUUCCACUACAGUGCUUUGCUCAGUGCUGUGGGAGAAGCCAACGUCCCUUUGGCCAGAUCUGUAAAUAUCACAGGUUUACACAAUGUUCUGGACAUUGCAGCUGAGCAUAAUUUGAGACUUUUUGUUCCGAGCACCAUUGGAGCUUUUGGACCCACCUCUCCUCGAGAUCCAACUCCUGAUCUCUGCAUUCAGAGACCAAGGACUAUCUAUGGAGUCUCCAAAGUUCAUGCUGAGCUCAUGGGAGAAUACUACCAUUACCGGUACGGACUGGAUUUCCGCUGCCUGAGGUACCCAGGAGUUAUAUCUGCUGACUCUCAGCCUGGUGGGGGAACAACUGAUUAUGCUGUCCAGAUCUUCCAUGAUGCCAUAAAAACUGGGAAAUUUCAAUGCUACCUAAAGCCAGACACUCGUCUCCCUAUGAUGUACAUUGAUGACUGUUUGAAAGCAACCCUGGAGGUCAUGGAGGCCCCUGCAGAGGCACUGAGCAUGAGGACAUACAACAUCAGUGCCAUGAGCUUCACUCCUGAAGAGCUGGUGCAGGAGGUGCAGAAACAUUUCCCUGAGCUCCAGGUGACCUACAACGUGGAUCAAGUCAGGCAGGGCAUAGCUGACAGCUGGCCCAUGAAAUUUGAUGACAGGAAUGCCCGGAGGGAUUGGGGUUGGAAACAUGAUUAUGAUCUUCAGGAGUUGGUAUCCACCAUCUUCAGCCUCCUUGGUUCUGACUCCAGGAUUGCUCAAGCCAACUGAAAUCCUUCGUAAGAUGUUUCCAGCUUUGCACACAGAGGACCAGGAAGAAAUGGCUGAAUUAGUUUAGGGUUUUCUGAGGCUUAGAGCAUGGCAAUUAAUAAUCUUUGUAAGUAGCAGUAGAGCUGGGCAGAAGCAUCCUGUAUGUAGCUGGAAUGUGCUAUUAGAGAAACAACACUGGAGCUUUUGCUUCAAGCACUGAACCGAUGGCAAACACAAAAUUCUUGAACUUUCACAUUUAAGCAGCUAGAGAAAAAAAGAAACAAAAAAAACCCCAACAAAAUCCCCUUACUCCUGGCUGAUGACUCUCCAGCCAUUCCUGCUGCCUGCCACUUUUUUAGCAAGCAUCCUGGGGUAAUAUUGUCAGACUUGGUUUUCUGGCCAUAUCCCCCAAAAGCUGACAAAAGGUUUUUCAUUUUCCUGGUGGAGGAUGUUAAGUUGUAGUAGGAUCUGAUCCUUUCUACUCUUUGCUUACAAAAGAGAGAUCAGCAGUGCUACUUCAUGUUUCCAAAUUGCAGGGAUGGUUGCAAUUCCAGUUUGAAACAAACUUUGGUCCAUAGUUGCUUUAUAGAUAUAUCUAUCUAUAUAUCUAUAUAUAUUGCUGUAUAAACAUACUUUUCUAUACAUAGGACAUACAAAGUAGCAUUAUUCUUAUAAUGUGAAGGGGAAUGGGACUUUCUCUUUAUGCUUUAAAAAAAAACCCAUCACAAAACAAUGUUUACAAGCUAAAUUUUGUUCUUUGAAAGUGCUGCUGCCUCCAGUUUUUACCUCAGAGGCAGAUCACAAAUCCAAAAAAGCUGUCACAAAUAAGUGAAUCUGGGAUGGAUUUCCAAAAAGCAAUGCCCAGGCAUGGGUUUAAUGUUAAUUAACAUUAUUUUGGGAUCAUCCCAGCUCUUUGCCUUUUGUUUUUUUAGCAUGCUAACAUCCUACCUGGAGCAAGUGUUCAAGGUGGGCUGGUGACAGAGUCUGAUGGUAGAAUUGAACCAUUGAAAUCUGUUCAUGUUCAGUGUGAGUCUUUUGUAGAUGCUAUUUAUGUGUCAUCUGCCAGGUGCUUUUGUUCUUUAGAAGAGGGAUCCAGAAGCUGGAACUGUCUUCCAGCCACAGUUCAGGGCUGUUCUGCUCACUGAGUUUCAUGUACAGGAGAUUCUGGGAUUAUUAGCAAGGGCAUCUUAGGAGAUGCAUGCAAGGAAGAUCCAUCUGUUCAGAAGCUGCUGUAGGAGAAAUGACAAAGUGGAGAGACAGGAAAACCAUUUUAGGGAAAACAGCAGUUUCCAUGGAUGUGAAUCUGAGCCACUGGCUACUGUAGCUCUGGCUUGGCUUGAGAAACAGCAUCUGGGAACUUUGGAUUGUGUUUUUGCUUUUGGAUUUUUGGUUUUUGCUCUUUUUUUUUUCUUUUUUAAGAAAAAAAAUCUCUUCCAUUUUCAAAAUGACUGGAAAUUCCCUCUUAUGAAGCUCUCCAUCUUUUUUUUUUUUUUUUUUGCCUUGUAUACUCCAGUGUAGUUCAGUGAAAUUCAUUCAAGUUGUUUUGUUGUUGUGGUUUUGCACCUUGAUUUCUGUGUUUUCUGAGGGUGCUUUCCAGUUCUUUCCUCUGUAACCCUGUGGUGUUUCCUCAAUAAGUGGAAAACUGACCUGACCAGGUUCCUGAAGGAGCCUCCAUGCUGCAGGGAAUGUGUUUCCUCAUGGAAGUGACCUUCAAAUGAAGAUUCUGUGCUGAAACCCAGUUAUUUUAAACAUUUUUAAAGCUGUGUCUUUUAGGUUUUUUUAUGUAUCUUACUCUUGGCUAAGUGUGCUUUUCCUAGAUACUUAAGCUCAAAACCUCUUAAGGUUGUGGGCUGUUGCUGGAACUUUUUUUUUUCUUUUUUAAUAUUGUUUAUAUUGUUUCUGAAAGGAGAAAUCUUUAAACUUUGGCUUCUGUUGUAACUCUCACAUUGUUCAAGUGUAAUAUUUGGCCCAAUGGGCCAGCAAAGUUGGCCCUCCAUUCCUGCCCUCCAAGACUGGCUCAGGUUUUGUCCUCCUAAAACCAGGAUUAUCUCCCAGGAAACUUACUCUGAGCCAUCAGGGAAAGGGCUUCAAGAGGAACUAAUGUGGCUUCUCCAUUCCAGCCUUUCCCAAGUCAGACCCUGGGCACUCCUCAUUGCCCCUCUUCCAUGAGAUGUGUAAAAUCCAGAGUUGUUGAUGGCUCUCACUCCAUUUCUUUCCUUCACUCUUAAGUCUUGGGGUCUAUUCCCCUCACCCUUGUUUCAGAGCUCCAGUUAACAGUAACAGGAGUGAGGAGCAGGGAUUUUCCUCCUUCUGAAACCCUUGGUUUCUUGGUUUCUUCUGAAAUAUCCUUGGUUGUGGUGUUGCACGGGAGUGUUGGAUGAUCCAAAAGUUUUUUUGGUGUUACCAUGAAGGUGAAAUUCAAACCUGCAGCAUUUUAAACAGAAGUGCUUUCUAAUUUUUUUUUUUUUAAUUAUUAUUUUUUUUACCUGCAAAUCUGAAAUAAACCCUGUAACAAGGUGGUGAUGGUCAGGGAAUGUGAUUAGAGGUGGUCGGAGUCCUGUUGGAAACUCUGAAUGUCAACCCAUGACCAAUGCUCUGUGGAUUUCCCCCCUCUACUCUACAUCCCCCAGUCUUUCCCAAUAUGUUGUAACUAUAUUUUCUGUCUUCAUCCCAUUUGAUGUGUUACAAAGGGUCAAAUUUCCACCAGUUGGGACUUUGACUUCUGGGCAGAAACUUCGACAUUUGAGCAUUGUAGCUGUUAGAGUCAGGAAAAAAAGAAAAAAAAUAUUUUUUUCAAAUGUAGCAAGUUGUGGAUGAUGCCUACUUUAAUAAAAUCCUAUCCAGGUG